GCCGAGCUCAUACUAUCGUGACCAUCAGUUUUCAACAAAAUUGCCUGAAAGAAAAUCGAACAAAAAUGUCCAAAAUCAACAUGGUUGACCUAGCUGGAAGUGAGCGAGCAUCGCAAACUGGCGCAACAGGUGUACGUUUCGAAGAGAGUAAACAUAUCAACCAAUCGCUGAUGUCGUUAGGAGUUGUCAUUAAAAAUUUGUGUGCGUUGGCAGCUGGGAGGUCUGACCAAGGACCUACUCCCUACAGAGACUCUAAACUAACUAUGCUCUUGAAAGAUGCUGUUGGCGGUAACUGCAAAACAGUUAUGAUAGCUACAAUUAGUCCGGCUGAUCAAGACUACGAACAGACUUUAUCUACCCUCCGAUACGCAAACAGGGUGAAAUCCAUAAGAAAUAAAGUUAUGGCCAAUGUCACAAAAACAGACGAGUUUAUUAAAGAGCUGCUGGAAGAGAAAGAAGCCUUGCUAGCUAAGCUAAAUGACAGGAGAAAAUCAAGCAUUGGAUAUUCAGAGGAAGGCUAG